CCAAUCCUUAUCUUCACAACCUCACCCACUCUGGAGUCUGAUCUCUCACCAAGCGCUUCUCCUCCUUGUUCUCUCUCUUACACGCUUCUUCAUUCUAAAACACACUUCCCGUUAUAUUUCUUCCUCUGUGUCCUCAGACUUUUCUCUUUCUUUUUCUUUCUUUCCCCAUUUUGUUAGACAAACUUUCAGCAUGCUUGACCAUACUUUGGGUGUGGCUCGAGCUUUCUGUUAAAGGGUUUGGAAGUGUUUCCCAGAAUAAAGUCCUUUAUAUCACUGUUUCUUUGGCUUACCUUUCCUUGUAAUUUUCUGGGAUAACACCACAUGCAGUGUCGUGACACUGUUGGUGGUUCUGUAUCAACAGUUCUAUAUCUGGGUGGCACUUGAAUCUUCAAAGGAAUCUCUCUCUCUCUCUCGCAACAAAGUAGUACAGAUAUAAGGAGGUGGGUAUAUUUAUACACAUACAUAUAUUACCAAAACUCCUAAGAAGAAAUUGAAAAGAUUAGUGGAGGAGGAGGGAUCAGAAAGAGAAAGAUGAAAAUUCAGUGUGAUGUGUGUGAGAAAGCUCCGGCAACAGUUGUUUGCUGCGCAGACGAGGCCGCCCUGUGUGCGAAAUGCGACGUUGAAGUUCAUGCCGCGAAUAAGCUCGCAAGUAAGCACCAGAGGCUUCUCCUUCAAUGCCUCUCCAACAAGCUCCCGAGAUGUGACAUCUGCCAGGAUAAGGCAGCAUUCAUUUUCUGUGUGGAAGACAGAGCCCUCUUUUGUCAGGAUUGUGAUGAACCAAUUCAUUCAGCUGGUAGCCUUUCAGCAAACCAUCAGCGGUUCCUGGCCACUGGAAUUCGUGUGGCUUUGAGCUCCAGUUGUAACAAGGACACUGAUAAGAGAUGCUUGGAGCCACCUAAUCAGAAUAAGCCACAGAUUCCAAUGAAAAUGCCCACACGGCAAGCUUCUACCGCCACAUCUCCUUGGGCUGUAGAUGAGUUUCUACAUUUUUCUGAUCUUGAAUCCUCUGAUAAGAAAGAGCCACUUGAGUUGGGAGAAUUUGAAUGGUUAGCAGACAUGGGCCUCUUUGGUGAGCAAUUUCCUCAGGAGGCUUUAGCAGCAGCAGAAGUUCCUCAGCUUCCAAUGUCACAGCCAAGCAACUUCAACUCAUACAGACCCACUAAAUCCAGCAUGCCCUACAAGAAGCCUAGAAUCGGAUUUGCAGCUGAUGAUGAUGAUGAGCAUUUCACUGUUCCUGAUCUUGGAUGAAGGUCUUGGGUUUCGAGUUGGGAUGGUGAUCAAUUCAUGUUGAUGAAUUAUGUAAGCAUCCAUCCUUCUAUGUAUUCAUGUGUGUUUAUGUAUAAUUUGCAAUGAUUUUGGUAACGCUUUUUAGGAGUUGAAAUGGUCGUGAUAUAGUUCAAAGGUUUUAGUUUAGGGGGAUUUGCGUCUCUAUUUUCUCAAUUUGUACUUUCGGUUUUACCUUUUUUCUCUAUUUAAGUCUCAAGAACUUCCAAAUAAACUGCUUUCACUUA